UAUAAGCUUAUACAGUUCUCCUUAUUGUGAACCUCUGAAAAGUUACGAAGGUUACAGAAGCUGCGUUGUGCUAUUUUCAUACAGAUUUCAAGUAUCUGCACAAACGAUUACUGCGAUUCUCAUCUGUUUAACUAUAAUAUUCACUAUCGCAAGCCAACACCCUUGGUUCAUUGUAUAACAGUGGGACAGGUUUUAAUAGAUUUUAUACCUGCAGAAUGUCCGGUGACUCUACCAAUGCUCCGUUCGAGUAUUGUAAGAAGACUUCGGAAACGCUGAAGCCAUGCAAAGUCUAUGACUGUGGGACAAUGUUCAGUAACCUACAUGCUCAGCGUCACUCUUUAGAAGGCGGAUUCGUCGGCGCCAACGUGACCACGAUUUUCAAACUAGGAGAAGAAGGUUCUGGCAUCAAACCAAGAGGACCAAUUCAAGAUUAUGAUCAACUCAAGAAGGAAUGCUUAGCUUCGGGAAAACCGUUCGAAGAUCCAUUAUUUCCAAGAACGAGUACCCUAAGUGUUCCGAGAGCCGGUUAUGACAACGCAGACAUAGUUUAUCGUGGCAUCGAAUGGAUACGAGCCAAGGAUAUCCCUAAAGACAAGCCGGCUGAAUUCGUCGUUGACGGAACAUCGCGGAUGGACAUUGCGCAAGGGAAGUUGGCCGACUGUUGGUUCCAGGCGGGUCUGUCCGCUCUGGCAAUGAACCCUAUCUUAUGGUCCAAAGUUGUUCCAAAGGGUCAGAGCUUUCGCGAAGGGGAAUACGCCGGAAUAUUCCAUUUCAGAUUCUGGUAUUUUGGAAAAUGGGUGGACGUCGUGGUUGACGACUACCUGCCAAUGCUGUGGAAUGGAUCGCAAUCAGUUUACGCACAUUCGACCGAAAAUAAUGAAUUCUGGUGCGCGUUGCUUACGAAAGCUUACGCCAAGCUCUACGGUGACUGGGGUGCCGUCAACUGGGGAGCGUGUGGUGAAGCCAUGGAAGAUUUCACGGGUGGAAUUGUUCGCGUUUACUCCAACGAUGAUGAAAACUUGUUCAACAACUUGCUGGAUGGGCAGGAAGAAAAUGCUCUCAUGGCAUGUAUGCGGCCAAGACUCAACGAUCACGAACCCGGCUAUGAGGCAGGAUUAUUCGAAGGCCAUGUGUACACUGUUACAAAGGUUUACACGAAUUACGUCGAUGGCGAAGAUCGAGUCGAGUGGGUGAGACUGAGAGACCCGUACGGCAAAUAUGAAUGGACCGGGGAGUUGAGUGAAGGUUCGCGUGAGUGGAAAGAAGUACCCGAAAAAUUGAAGAAAGAACUAGAGAUGGUGACGAAACGCGACGGUGAAUUUUGGAUGCCUUUUAAAAAAUUCAAGAGUUUCUUUACGAUCGUCGAAAUUUGUUACAUCAUCCCAAAAUCUUUGACAAACGGUUCUAGUCGCGAAGGAAAAACUGAUUGGGAAGUUAAGGUGUUUGAAGGAGAAUGGUUACACGGAGUGACGGAUGAUGAAUUAUCGUUGUCCGAUCCUGUACCGCAGUAUCGCAUUACGGUAAAACCAAGGGACAAGGAAAGCGAAUGCACAGUGGUCGUAGCAGUGAUGCAGAAAUAUCAGAGGAUAAAACGUGCCGAAAAUCGAAAGAUUGGUUUUGAAAUUUACGAGCUGAAGGAUCCCAAAAAUUUACCAAAAUCACUGAGCGUUAGAUUUUUCAAAAGGCACACUCCGGUGAAUAAAAACUGGGGAUUUCCACGGCGCGAGAUCUGUUACUCGGUGCAACUGAAAGCCGGUACUUACUGCAUCGUUCCGCAAAUUUGGCAUCCUCAAGGAAAAGAAGAAUUUUUACUUAGAGUCUACGCUCGCAAUUUUGCCGACGACAAAGAAUCCGAAGGGGAAAACGGUACCGAUGUGGUGGAUGAGGCGGUACCAGAGCUAGGACCCGUACCGGAUGAAGACGCAUAGCAUGGUGGUGUCGCUCAGAAAAAAGCCAACGAUAGUUUAAGUGAAUUUCUGGUGAAAUCACGCAUUUUUAUAAUAAUCUAUCGAAUGUUUGAUCAUGUCUGUCACUCAUUACUGUUGAAAUAAAAUAUUUGCAAAAUUUAA